UCAAGCAGAAAUCGAGACCCAGCCGCACUGGCCUAAGAUCCUCUUCCUCGCCCAACUCCAACGCAUCCUCGAAGACUCAAGCCUCAGUCUAUCUCAGAGUCUAAAAAACGGUUGGGAGUGGUUUAUGGACCUCACCAACUCCCAUCGCUACCCGAAGGAAUGAGAGAAUGGGCGUUGGGAUGGCACGAACUACUACCUACUUAGCAAAAAGAAUUCCUCCAGAUUUUCGAUGUGGAUGCGCAGGUUUUCAUUGGCACGAUGCGCGAAGUGGGAAAGAUGUCGCUACGCGGUCCGUUGACGUUAGAUCGCGAACAAGUCGGUUGCAUCAAAAUCUUCCCAGCGCAAGAUCGUCCGCUGGAUGCUGUUGUUCCGUUAAUGCUCAACCCAUGGAAACAGAACCUUGGAUCAUGCUCGCUCUGCAGUACUGCGCUUCGAAAGCAGAAUAUCGGCUCCGAGAAACCGCAUCGGCCUGUUGAAAUCCCUUGCGGGCAUAUUUUCGGCUCGGAGUGUAUUGUAAGCAAUUUUUGCAAGCACGAGGUUUGGAGUUGUCCGUUUUGUGAGGAGAGUCUGGUUAAUGUGGCUCAUCAUCCUGCUACGGCGACUGAAGUUAUCGCAAGCUGUGAUUGCAUCUUGAAGUACUUGGACCCACCUGCGAGUGUAACGUUUCCGGCGAGUCCGCACACUUAUCUUGAGAAACUGGGGAUAAUUUUCGAAGACGCGGAUGGAAUACGAGGGCAUUUGGAAUGCUGACUUAACGCUCCGUAUGCGACGUAUGUCGAGUUGUUGGUGCUGUUCGAUUUGGCACUGUAUCUUGUAAGGAAUAGGUUAGAUGCCGCUGUGAGGGGGGAUGUUAUUGAGUUUAGGGAUGUGGUGGAGAGGCAGUUUCAGGUCGAGGCGAGAAUACAGUGGUUGCAGUUUUUGAGGAGUUGUCAUCCU